CAAAGGACAGCCAGUACAAGGCAGUCGUCAGGGGAGUUUAUAUACAAUUUUUUCACUUUAUUCAUCCAGACUCUGAAAUUGGGAGCACCAGGAUGGCUGACAGCUCCAAGGGCAUGGAACACCCCACCAGCUGGUACUGCAGAUUCUACAAUUCCGUUAGGGAAGCACCCAUCAAUGUCCCCCUUUUGAUCAUAUCGUGUGUCCUGUUCUACAAGUUGGGGUUUCUUGUGCGUCGUCUGAGCGGCGAGGAACCACACUUCAGUGAUGAUAAUGAUCAGGAAGUGGAUCUUCCGCCAUUGCGGCAGGACUUUACGGUUCGGGAACUUCGGAAAUAUGACGGCACACGGGCGGACGGUCGCAUCCUGGUGGCUAUCAUUUUUAAUAUCUACGAUGUCUCGCGAUCCGUUCACUAUUACGGACGAAAUGGCGUUAAUCCAAACUAUGCCGGUCGGGAUAUUUCGAGGAUUUUGAUCAAUUCACCAGAGUACUUAAAUGACAGCGAGGAUUUUGAUGAUUUGAGCGACCUCUCAAGCAACCAAAUGAACACAUUGCGGGAGUGGGAACAGCAGUACAAGCAGAAGUACCCAUUUGUUGGAAAACUCAGGGAGAAACUACAAAUAAAUGACACCGACGAGGAGGAUUUGGAGCUGCAGCAAGCGGAUCCAGUGGUGGACUAAAUAUGAGUUUCGUUUCAAAUUAUGCGCGCAUCGACACAAUAAGAGUAGCUUCCAUUGUAAAUGACUUAAAAUUUUAAUUUGUCCAUUCCAAAAUUGAGAAAAACGUAAAUAAAAUUAGAAAAAGAUAAAAAG